AUGGGUUUACAUGUUUCAUUGUUUGUAUGUAUAGGUCCUGCUCUAGUUGUUGAUGUUCCAAGAAACCAGAACAUUACUGCUGAAGUCAUGAAGUCUUUGAAUAUUCCCCGCGGUGUACAUCGUGUGCUUUUCAGAACACUUGAUACUGACAGGAGGCUGAUGCAUAAAACAAAGUUUGCUUCAGACUUCACCGGGUUUAAGAAGGAAGGGGCACAGUGGUUGGUCGAUAACACCGACAUCAAACUUGUUGGACUUGAUUACCUAUCUGUUGCUGCCUAUGUUGAUGUCGCCCCGACUCACCUUAUAUUCCUGAGGAGUAGGGAAAUCGUUCUAGUCGAAGGUCUAAACCUCGACGGAAUUGAGCCAGUGAAGUAUACGGUUCAUUGCCUACCGCUAAAGAUGGUUGAUGCAGAUGGAUGCCCAGCGAGAUGCAUUCUUAUUGCAUAAAAGAACUGUUGAGCUAUCUUGGACAAUUUGGUUUAUAGUAUUUAUUUUUUAAUAAAAACACUUUGGGGAUGAAUAAAAUG